UUUAGGACAAGGGUUGACAAGGUCAACGCAGAGCUGGUGACUCUCACUUAUGGUACCAUUGUGGCCCAACUCUGCAAGGACUACGAGAGUGAUUAUGUCGAGGUCAAUAAGCAGCUCGACAAGAUGGGCUACAAUAUUGGAGUACGGUUAAUCGAAGACUUUCUGGCCAAGUCUGGUGCUGGCCGCUGCUCUAACUUUCGCGAAACUGCGGAAAUGAUUUCCAAGGUUGGCUUCAAGAUCUUUCUGAACAUUACACCUACGAUUGCCAAUUGGACGAGCGACAACAAAGAAUUUUCUCUUCUUUUUGACGAGAAUCCUCUUGCCGACUUUGUCGAGCUUCCUGAUGAUGGCCGCGCACAGGAUGAGUUGUGGUACUCGAACAUAUUAUGUGGUAUUCUGCGAGGAGCACUGGAGAUGGUGCAAAUGCAAGUGGAGGCGCACUUCAUCAGCGACGUCUUGCGCGGCAACGACACGACAGAGAUGCGGAUAUCCUUGAUCCGUUACAUUGAAGAUGAGCUACCGCCCGAGGAUGAAUAG